AUGGCCCCUAUUGCCCACAAGUCCCAACCGUUGUCGGAAUGGGUGCUUACAGACUGGCAAUGCCUGGUUCGAAGGGCAAAAGAACAACAAUUCAAAGCCGUUGGCUCUGAAGAGAGGGCACUAGCCGGCCUAGAAGCAAUAGAGGAAGUGUACUCUCGUGGAAUUGUCAAGGCAAUUGAAAAAGCACUGGCAAGUAGGUGGAUAGAUCCACUCGGUCAGCGUCCGUUAGGCUACAUCUUACGGCUAGAAGAGAUGCGAAAGAUGGAGGUCAUGGGAACAGGACCAUGGGCCGAAAAUGCAUCGAUAAUGGCAUUUCGACACACCGGGCGCCCAACAUCGUCAAAGUAA